AUGUCCGGUUAUCCUACAGGACAAAGUGCAGAAGAGGCUUCCGCGUCGGCUGCCAGAUUUACACAAGAAGAACUGAAACGACAAGCAGCUGCCUCAAGAGUGAAUGGGGCACACGGCAACCCCGCUGCUCAUAUUGUUGGAUCUGGUUUUCCUGCUGGUUCUGCGUAUAUGAGCAAUUUGUUGGCCGAUUCCGCCGCUGCCGCUGCAGGGCAAGCUGCAUUUUAUGGGGCUACCGCCCAAUCGCCAUUUGGUGGACCCUAUUCGGCAUUGAGCUCUCAAGCGUCGCCAUACGCUGACUCUGUCACUGCUGCAUUAUAUAGACAGCGAUAUGGAUAUGGAGCUGCCGCUGGUGUUCCCCCUUAUACAGGGCACGAAUAUUACAACCCUCACUUUGCUCGGUCACCGCAAAAUUUGGCAUUUUUCGAUCGUCUGAACCAACAGCAGCAAGCUGCAGCUGCUGCGGGAAAGACUCCUCCCAAGACUCCUUCGGCAAUUGUUCAAAAUACUCCUUCUUCAGCAGCGACGACUCCAGCAAAGCCUGGGACACUGACACUCUCACCCAAGCCAUCUCCCAAAGGUUCACCGUCUGAUCCAAAACCUCGGAAACAGUUGUCUGGGAUCCGCGUGCCGGCCCCUUUUGAUAAAAAAAAGACCUUGACCAACAAAGAUGGCGAGGUAUUACCAGAACCAGGAAAGUGGUUCCAUGGGUGCGUUCCACUGGGUGUAGAAGACGAUAAAUAUUGGUUGUCCGAAUUGCAAGUCUAUUUGCGAUCGAAUUUUGCCGAAGCCUUUGGGGCAACGGAGGACGACAUUGCGGCUCCCAUGCAUGGUCGAAACAAGCCAAUUGCAUUGGGGCAAGUUGGUAUCCGGUGCAUGCAUUGCAAGAGCGAGAAUCCAGCGGAACGAGGUCAACAGGCGACAAGUUAUCCAAGUCUCAUUAGUGGAAUCUACAACUCUGUUCAACAAAUGUUGCGACUGCACUUGGAUUGCUGUCAAGCAAUGCCACCCGAUGUUCGAGCCAAGAUUGAAACGUUAAAAUUGUCAAGCUCAAGCCGUGGCGGAAGAAAGCAAUACUGGAUUGAUUCUGCAAAGCGACUUGGAUUGACGGAUACUACUCAAGGUAUUCACUUUGGUAGGGAUCCAACCGGUCCCCUUCCACCUUUGGAAGGUCCAUCGGUCAAUUCCAAGGAGGGUCGCAAAAAGAAGGAGAGCAAGAAGAAGGUGACUGGCGAACUGCUCCCACCAGAAGAAAUGAUUGUUGGUCCAUUUGGCCCUCCAAUACCGGUGAUCGAUGAUCGACCCCUCGUAUUCGAUGAAGACAAGCCCUUGAUUUCCGACUAUUUGUAUCUGACGCUCGAGCAAAUGAGUCCUUGUGUCUUGAUGGAAGCAGACCGUGUGGGAUGCUACAAGACCAGGAAAGUUGGAUUCCCUGGUUUGGCUUGUCGACACUGUGUAGGGCAAGCAGGUUGUGGGCGGUACUUUCCAGCGUCCGAGGGGUCCCUUUCUCAGACAACCACUUCUCAGACUAUAAUGAAUCAUGUCCGAAACUGCCGAAGAUGCCCUGUUGAAAUCAGAGAAAGCUUGGAAAUCAUGAAGCGAGCAAGGAUGGGUCCAGAUGGGAAACGAGCAGACAAACCGAAACAUGGAGGGCGCAAGGUUUUCUUCCAUCGCUUGUGGUGCCGAAUUCAAGGUCUCCCGAUCGAAGAUGAGAAGAGCGAGACGAAAGAAAAGAAGAAGCGAGGCAGAAAGAAUGCUGCCAAGAGGUCCAAGAAAAAGCAAAGUGGUGGCUCUGACAGUGAAAACGAAAAGGAAGACAAGGCUGAGGGCGUCCCAAAACUGACGGAAUCAAGCGAAGAAACUGAAACAGAGCCUGAAUCGGAUACGGAGGUCAUGCACAAACCAGUCGCGAGAAGCAAGACCAAAUCUCUGGCUAAGAAACCUACCAACAAGUGGCACGAAGGAUGCGUCCGCUUGACAAAGUCCGACGACACACACUGGCUCUCCGACAUUCAGAGAUUUACCCGAAGUGACUUGAUCGAAGUUUUCAGCUGGAAGGCAGAGGACGGUUUGGAAGGUUAUGCAGCGAGAAAGGACCCAGCCGAGGGACAAGUAGCCAUUCGAUGCGUGUUUUGCAAAGCUUUGAAGCCGGAAGAUCGGCCUGCCGGUUGCUUGGUGUUCCCAGAUAGUCUCUCAUCGAUACAUUCCAAGGUUGGGGAUAUGAUUCGCCUGCACUUUAAUUCUUGCCCUGCAAUGACCGAGGAGGCAAAGGAAAAGUUCAAGGCAUCGCGUGGUAUUGGCUCGAAGAAAGUGGAUGACUCACUCCAAUAUUGGAUCGACUCUGCCCGAGAUCUUGGACUUUCCAACAUACCACCAGGCGGUGCAAACAAUGGAUGGGGAAUCACAUUCAGGAGAAAUCCUCUAUCACCAAGCCCAAGUGACGAACUUGACCUUGAAGCAGCGGGAACCUCAACCCCGACCUUUUCCAAGUCAAUUCUUAUCAGAUCAGAGGACAAGGGACUUUGCACCGACCAGGUGAAGCUUCUGAUGCGUCAAGUGAAGGCCUGCUCCUUCCAAAAGAGCGACAAACGCGGAGGACCAGGCGCACGGGGAAGGGAUCGUGUGAUUGGGUUUCCUGGUCUCUCCUGCAGACACUGUUCUUCCAAGUCGAAUGUUGGACGUUACUUUCCAGUUUCGGCCAAGAACUUGACUGACAAUACCGCAAACUCAAUUCUCGCCCACAUGUCAGGGUGCAACCGAUGCCCUGAAUCCGUCAAGGCAUCGCUUGUCUUUUUGAGUCAUCGGGCUAUAAUUCAGAAAGCUGAACUCAGCGGAUCUUGGAAGAAGGCUUUCUUCAAGAAGAUAUGGGACAGGUUGCACGUGGAGCGAUCUUGGACUGAGGAGGACGACAGCGAGGACAUGGAUGUCGACGACGAAGCAUCCGAGUCAAGUGAAGAAGAAUCUGAUGAUGAAUCGGGGAAUGCUGAAGGGAAUACAAUGAGCUCGGAUAGUGAGGAUGACAAUGAGGAUGCCACGGGAGACAAUAUGGAUGUCCUCAUUAAGGCUGCUGCCAUUUGGUUGACUGAGCAAGAUCAAGUCAAUGAUUCUAGCGCUCGCACUGGAAAUAAUGGAAAAACAAGCCCACUAUCUGGAUUUAACAAGCGUUCAUCACCAAGUUCACGAAAGGACAAAAAGAGGGGUUCAAGUUUGACAUCGGGAAAGCGAAGAAGAGUCCAUUUCUAG